UUUCUGCCUCUGUAUAGGUAGGUAGUUCAAAAUAUUUGGGAAAUUCCCACACACUUUUACUAUAGGAUUUUCCCAUAUUUUAUUGCAGGUAUUAUCAUGAGAUUCAUAAAAGGUACUUCCUCAGAAAUAGCCACCUACCUGUGUUCGUCAUUGUUCAGUAUGAGAUUUUUCUAUGAUGAUUGGACCCUCAGAUUAAAGAAUAUUAAUAUUGAAAUAUAAAGCUGCAUUGACGCUUAGAAUUAUAAAAGUUUAUGCGCUCAUUGUAGGCUAAAGACACCUGGUUUUAAGAACGGCAAGUAAAAAAACAAUUUAUUGAAGAAAAAUUCAGGAACCAUGGAGAAAUUUUUGUUUUGCUUGCUUUGCUUCAUAGAAAAUCCAAUUUUCAUAAUUGGAAGACGAUGGCAUUAAGCAUGGACCUGAAUAAUUUAUUUAAGAUUGCGUCAGAUGCAGCAAGUAUGUGUAUUAUAGCACUAAAUGAUAUAUUUGACAAAAAAUGUGAGAGCUUGCACGGACUUAUCAAAUCGGUAAUUGGGGCUAAAUGUGAGUCGGCUAUAAAUAUAUUCCUAAACACAUUUCGAGAUAUAACGAACUGUGGGCUAAACUGGUAGAAAGAACCUCAAUUUUUAAAAGAAACGACUUAUUGGGGGCCGCUCUACAUCCUCUUCCUCUAGCAUCCUCAACAAGAGCCAAAGGAUCAUUUUUUCUUACUCUACCUAGCGAAAUAGACAACAGUACCUAUAGAUAAUUUAAAAACCAAAGACAACUCAACAUAAUAUGAUGACGUUUGUACCAGAUUAUUUAGAGUUAUCCGUCGAGAAGACUAUGCUUUUCCUACAUUUACAGGGAAAACCCUAAAUCAAUGGAUAUUUGACACUGGUGCAACUUCCCACAUGUCAGGGGACAAAGCUGUUAUCAAAAAUUUGAGACAAUAUUCAGGUAAAAUUCGAAACGAUUAUAUGUCAUCAUGAAUGUAACUCAUAUUGGGGAAGAAAGUCUCAAUGAUUUACUGCCAUCAAGAAAAUAUAUUGAAGUUACCUUGUAUGAUGUUCUGUGUGUGCCAGAUUCAAAAUACUCCUUAAUGUCUUAGCAAAAAAUGAGAGAAAAAGGAAUAAAAAUGCAAGAAAAUAAAAAUAAAAUUAUAUUCACAAAAGACGAUAAAGUAGUAGGAUUGGUUGGGUACUACCAUCUGAAAAAUUAC